UGCAGGAAGUCUAGUUCCACAGUUAGCAUGAUCGCCAGUCGCUGCGAGUCCAUGCAGAUGGGUUCUGAGGUGCCUGCCUCGAGUCCUACGGGCUGUGGAUGGUCCUAGGCCGCGGCCACCAUGUGGGGGGUGGGUGGCCCUGGAGUAGCCGCGGUGAGCGUCUCCUUGAGCGGCGCCCGGGAUUGCUUCCUGCACCUGCCGCCUGGGUUGGCUUCCAGCCUCCGUCUGCAGCAGGAUCAGGCUGUGAAAGCUUCCUGGGACAAUACUCCUAUAUUUUUGGGCUGGACAGAAAUCCGACAUUGUCGCCAAUGUGGUGGAAACGUCGUUGAAAUAAGCAGACAACUAGCAGAGAGACUUGGCAUCAAAGAUGGACAGCAGAUAUUCCUCGAGCCAUGUCCCCAAGUCUUGUCCUGUCAACAAGUAGAAGUGGAACCCCUCUCAGCAGACGAUUGGGAGAUACUGGAGCUGCAUGCCUUCUCACUUGAAAGCCAACUUCUUGAUCAAAUUCGAAUUGUGUUUCCCAAAGCUAUCUUUCCAGUUUGGGUUGAACAACACAUAUGCAUUUAUAUCCAGAUCGUUACCUUAAAACCAGCUGCUCUUUAUGGAAGACUUGAAGCUCGCACCGAGCUUUUCAUACGCCCUAAAAUCCGUCAGUAUGAAGAAAGUACCACAGUGCUGCCUUCUGCAAAUAGUGACUCUUUAUGGGACAAUGUUCCUAAAACCAAAUUAGAUCCAAGAGAAACAACUAAGGAACUGUGUGCCAAAGAAAUUAAUUUAAAUAUGGGAAUCCAAGAGCAUAAAUCAGACACAAAAGUGUCAUCAAGUGCAAAUGUCCUGCCAAACAUAUGGAAUUUAAUUGGGAACUUUUUCUCUUACACUCCUGACAAGAAACAGGGAGCUUCUUGUGAUACUGGUGAACUGGAUACAGUCAAAGACAGCCUAUUAAACUUGAUUCACAUGGAUUCUAUUUUCAGAGUAUGUCAGACUCAGCCCCCCAGUGUGCAAAGUACAUUGGCAGCGUGUACAGUCCAGAAAUACAACACCGUUCAUGUUUUUCCAUGGAAUCUAGACUUCCCUCCUUUAAAGGCUAAUAUUAAAGUAUCUUACGGGAAGAUUAAUAAACUACUCUCUCCAAGACAGCAGCAUCAAGAGUCAAAGCAGAAUCUAAUGACAAAGAAAGAAAAUCAGAUGAACAAUGUAGAAGACCAAAAGCAACCCAGCCUUAGUAGAAGUCAAGAAUCCAAUGAGAACACUAUUGUACAGAUAAUAUGGAAUGGAUUUGAGGAACUAAAGAAUGACAUAAUAUGCAAUAAUAAUGUGGAGAAACUGCAUGUUGGAAGAGUUUGGAUACCUAAAGAGCUGAGAAAGAGACUACAUAUAGAAAUACAUGCAGCUGUCAGAAUCACCUCAGUGAAUUCAGAACCUAAAAUUCCAACAUCUCUUAGACUACAUCCCAAAAGGACUUUAAGUAAAGAUAUCAAUGAAGAUGACAUUAAAAAUGCCUUUAAUUUGUGGCUAGAGGAUUACAUCAAGCUUCCGUUGAUAAUAGCAGACACAAGCUAUAUACAAUUAGCUCUUAAAGAUGACAUGGAGGACUUUGUCCUAAGUGUAGUCACUUCUGACGCUGAAGAAGAGAAAACAAAAAAUGCUUUCAUCUUGAAUCCCAGCUUGCUGCAGAAGGCAAAUAUACAAGUUGUAGUACAUCCAGUGACCUCAACAGCCAAUGGUGGUAGUACACCGUCUUCUUGUCAACAGCUUCUUCCAUGGUUGAGUCUGGACAGUUUAGGAGGAGUGGAUAAUCUAGGAUUAUCCUGUUUCAAACAUACGUCACACAGCCUCUUGGGACGACCACUGUCUCAAAAGUUAGCUUCCAUAUCUGCAGGACUUCGCAGUGGAGGUAUCCUGAUUACUGGAGGAAAGGGAAGUGGCAAGUCAACUUUAGCAAAGGCUAUCUGCAAAGAAGCAUUAGGGAAAUUGGAUGCCCAUGUGGAAGUAGUUGACUGUAAAGCGUUAAGAGGAAAAAGAUCAGAGAACAUACAGAAAAAACUUGAAGAAGCUUUUCUAGAGGCAGGAUGGAGGCAACCAUCUGUUGUUCUUUUAGAUGACCUUGAUCACAUAGUUGGAGUUCCCCUUGCUCCAGAGCAUGAGAACAGUCCUGAAGCAGUCCAGAGCACCCGCCUUGCUCAUGUUUUGAAAGAUAUGGUAAAAGAAGUCAUUUCCAUGCGCAGUUUGAUUGCACUCAUUGCCACAAGCCUAUCUGAACAGUCGCUACAUUCUUCCAUUAUUUCUGCCCAAGGAAUUCACAUAUUUCAAUGUUUCCAACAUAUUCCGGUUCCAAAUCAGGGACAAAGGUGUGAAAUGCUUCAUUCCAUAAUAAAAAAUAAACUUGACUCCAGUGUAGACAGGUUCUGUCAUCUUGAUCUCCACCUAAUUGCAAAAGAAACAGAAGGCUUUGUGGCUAGAGAUUUGACAAUGUUAGUUGAUCGUGCAAUACACUCAUGUGUUUCUAGCAAGGGAACAUGUAAAAAAGAAGAUUUGGUUCUGUCAACAUUAGACUUCCAAAAAGCUUUACAAGGUUUCACCCCAACAUCUUUGAGAAAUGUUAACCUCCACAAACCUCAGGACUUUGGCUGGGAUAGGAUUGGUGGGCUUAAGGAGAUACAGCAAGUACUUAUAGAUACUAUCCAGUUACCUGCAAAGUAUCCAGAAUUAUUUGCGAACCUGCCCAUACGACAGAGAACAGGAAUAUUACUAUAUGGGGCUCCAGGAACAGGAAAAACUUUAUUAGCAGGUGUUGUUGCUCGAGAGAGUAGAAUGAACUUUAUCAGCAUCAAGGGACCAGAACUGCUCAGCAAAUACAUUGGAGCAAGUGAACAAGCAGUUCGAGAUUUAUUUAACAGAGCCCAGGCAGCCAAGCCUUGCAUACUUUUCUUUGACGAAUUUGAUUCUCUUGCUCCUCGGCGAGGUCACGAUAACACUGGUGUAACUGACCGAGUUGUUAAUCAACUCCUGACACAGUUAGAUGGAGUAGAAGGCUUAGAAGGAGUUUAUGUACUAGCAGCCACUAGUCGCCCUGAUUUGAUUGACCCCGCCCUGUUGAGGCCCGGUCGGCUGGAUAAGUGCCUGUAUUGUCCACCUCCUGAUCAGGCUUCCCGAUUUGAAAUUUUAAAAGCACUGAGUCAUCCUCUCCAUCUUGCACAUGAUGCGGAUUUACAGCAUUUGGCAGCAAAAACUGAACAUUUCACAGGAGCAGACCUAAAAGCUUUACUGUACAAUGCCCAGUUAGAGUCAGUCCAUGCUAAUUUGGGUUCAACCUUGCCCCAGGAUAUAGGUUCUAGCUCAGAUAGUGAUCUCAGCCUAUCUUCAAUGGUUUUCUUAAACCAAAGCAGUGGAUCAGAUGACUCUGCAGGAGAUGGAGAAGGAGGCUUGGAACAAUCUCUAGUUUCCCUUGAGAUGUGUGAGCUACUUCCUGAAGAUCCAAGGUCCAACAUCUAUCGUCUUUACUUUGGCAGCUCCUAUGAAUCUGAACUUGGGAAUGGAACGAUUUCAGAAAUGAGUUCUCAGUGUUUCUCAGGACCAAACUCCAUAAAUCAUGAUUUAACCAGCAUAUCUCUGAAGGAUUUAGUAUCCUCUCAACCUCCAGUAUUAAGAACGGCCUUACAGGAAGGUUAUCAAGAACUUAAUCAAGAACAGAUAGAGCAACUCAGGGCUGAAAUCAAUGCUAUCAAGGCCAACUACAGGAGCAGAAAUGGAGAGGAGGUCACUCCCAGCUCAUCAGUACUAAGCAAGAGAACUUUAAAUAUCACUCAGAUUCACCUAAUGACUGCACUUGAAAACACAAAACCAUCUAUUAAUCAAGAUGAAUGGAAGAAUUUUGCUGAACUCUAUGAUGAUUUUCAAAAUCCAAAGAGGAAAGGAUCCAAUGGACCAACUUUCAAACCAGGACAAAAAGUGACAUUAGCAUAACUGCUACUAAUGUGGUCAUUAUUAUGAUCACCAAGUAGUUUUCACAGCAAAGUGUUAACAUUGCUAAAUCAUAUCAAAAUGUAUACCUGUGGGUAUAUUCAUGCUAGGAUGACAAAUAAUAGAUAUCUUUGAAAUUAAUUGUGCAAAAUUAUUUUACAUAAUUUUUGUUUUCAAAUUAUGUCUUCUGGAAAACCUAUAUUAAAAUGUUUGAGAUC